AUGUAUGUAUGUAUCUAUCUAUCUAUCUAUCUAUCUAUCUAUCUGUAUUCUUACAUUCACUCAUUGCUAUAUUCAUUCAUUCACAGUUUCUGUUUCUCUCGUUCUUUUUCAUCUAUCUUUCCAUUUUUUCUUUUUUAUUCAUUCAAUGUAUGUGUCAAUAGUUGUCCGUUUUUCAUUAUCUAUCUAUCUAUCUAUCUAUCUAUCUAUCUAUCUAUCUAUCUUGGUCUAUUCAAAUCUGCUUUGAAGAACGAACCCUUUUAUUUCUCUUUUUCCAUCUCCUCUUCUCUCUUGGUGUACAUGUUCUUUUCGCUCCCCCCCACUCCCCCGCUCCAUCUUUAUGCUUUGUCGUUCUUCUUUCUCCUGCCAUCUUUCUUUCUUUCUUUCUCUCUUUCUUUCUUUCUUUCUUUCUCUCUUUCUUUCUUUCUUUCUUUCUUUUUACUCUAUCUCUUUUUAUUCAUUAUCUUUCUUUCGUUCUAUUUCUUCUCUUUUUUUCUUUUUAUUCCUUCUCAUUCUUUCUUCAUUUUUUUCUUUUUAUUCCUUCCCAUUCUUUCUUUCUUUCUUUCUUUCUUUCUUUCUUUCUUUCUUUCUUUCUUUGAACGAGUUCGUCUACGUUUUUCUUCAUUUUCCUCCUCAACACUACAUUCCCCCACUCAACGUCUCUCCCAUUUUUAUGUUGUCUCUUCUGCCUUUUUCUUUUCCUGUUUCUGGAUUAUUAUUUUUUACUACUUACGUUUAUUUUUCAAUUCAUUAUAUACCUUCUUCUUCUUCUUCUUCUUCUUCUUCUUCUUCUUCUUCUUCUUCUUCUUCUUCUUCUUCUUCUUCUUCUUCAUCACUCACUCUUUUUAUGUAUUUCUCUUUUUGUGUUCUUCCUUUUUAGUUUCUUUCUUUCACUUAUUUAAUUUUCUUUCUUUUUUCUUUUCUUUGCUUCUUUUACAUUUCAUGCCUUCCUUUAAUCCCAGAGAACUUUUACACCGUUUUUCUGCAUUCCUCUUCGUUUCAUGCUUAUUUUUAUUAUUUAUAAGUUUCUUCCUUUUUUUUCAAAUUUUCACUUUUUUCUUCCCUCUCUCUUCUCUUAACGCAUGCUUCACAUUUCCUUCUUUUUUUCUUCCUUUCUCGUCAAACUCGUUACUUUCUCCUUCUUCUUCUUCUUUGUUUCUCUUUUUCUCUUUCUGCCUCUCUGUUGCUGCAUCAAUCAGUUUGUUCGUUAUAUACACAAUUCGGAUCUAG